CCCAAGUCCUGAUCCAUGUGCCGGCGACGCCGCAGCCAUGUGGGUGAUAUCGUGCAGCGAUGCAAAUUGGGAGGGUCGGAAAAAAUGGCUGCGCCCAGGAACAAAGCACUCAUUCGGACGAUCAUCCACGAAACCGGACGAAGUCGAUUACGCCCAUAACAUCUCGCACAAGAGCGUGUCGCGGAAACACCUCAUCCUGACGGUCGGCGACGUCUCCUCGAACGAUACUACCAAUCUCCACAGCAAGAGCAAAAUCACGAUUGUCGCACAGGGAAAAACAGGUACUUGGCUCGACGGAGAACGAUUGCCUGCAGAAGACCAGUCGAGGACGCUCAGUGGUAAUAAGCAUACUCUGCAACUGGGCCAACAGGAGACUACACUUACGCUCGAAUGGCGUCCUGUUGUACUUGCCUUCACGGCUGGUGUUCCAAAAUCGGCGAAAGCGAAGGGCACAGCAUUAGCAGCUGAGCGCCAGAAGCUGGAUCGUUGCGACAUCAAGUUAGCUACCGAGUACAUUUCGAACACAACUACACACGCGAUCGCAAAGAAACGCAAUACAUCUGCAGUUUUGCAGGCUUUGUUACAAGCGAAAUGGGUUGUAUCUGCUUCCUUCGUGGACGCUCUGGCAACAGCGUGCAAACAAGACGGAAGAGAGCAAAACGGAUCGCCACGUCCCAGCCUUCUCGAGCAGGAUUUCGAUAAGAACUGGCCGAACGAGGAAGAUCACAUCUGUCCCAGUGCUGGCGAGCCCGUGACGCGCCCGGACAGUUGGCUGAAGCCUAACACUGCGCGCACUGAGCUUUUCCAGCACUGCAAUUUUGUGUUCUUGGAUUCCGAUCAGCACGAGUCCUUAGCGCCAGUAGUGAAUGCUGGUAAUGGCAAAGCUCUCUGCUUUCACUUCACGCUCGGGCAAACAACGGUGGCAGAAGUUGUGAAGUAUGUCAAAGAUGUUUCUGGAAACAAGGAGCCAGGUCGUUUCGUGCUCAGUGAUCGAACCGGACCCGGCGGGAUCGUGAUUGUUCGAGCAAGAGAUACAGACACAUUUAGUGAUGUCCAUCGCCAACUUGAUGCUGCCCUCGGACAGAUAUCAAUCGAACAAAACGAACUUCUUGAUGCCAUUCUGUCGGUAGACGCAACCAUGCUGCGAAGGCCACUACCGGCGACUCGAGGCAGUGGUAAGGAAGCGGCCAUCUCGAGCUCCAUUCCAACUCCUCCAGGUACUGUGGGGGCUCCCUUAGCAACAAUGUUGGCAUCGAGCUCGAUGCCACGCCCUCCUCAAGGCACUUCGGACAGUGUGGUUGCUGAAAGCCAGCAACCACCAACUUCCGCACGAGUACCGCCGCAGAGUCGAACCCGAGGCGAAGCACAGAUACAGGAGCCAUCAGAGGCGCCUCCCGCAAAACGGCGACGCCGUUUCGUGACCCAGAAAUUUCAAGGCUUCGAUGACUUCGAACCAAGUGCUGUCGCGCGUCCGGCGUCGAACUCGCCGCCGCCAUCAGUCCCUCAGCAGAGCCAAAGUCAGACACCAGUAGUGCAGAGCAGGGUUGUCGAAGAAGAGUUCGCACGCCCUGCUGUGCCUGCAAGUCAACGCAAGGCACAAAAGAGACCAGCCCCGAUCGAGGAGGAGGACGAAGUUGAGGAGACUGCCGAGGAGAAGUACGAGCGUCGCUUCCCAGGCCAAGCACGCUUGAAACGACAGAGGACAGAGGAAGCUGCAGCAGAAGCAGCAAAACAGGCCGCUAAAGCUGCAUCUGCAUCUACCGAACCAACGGCUCAAGCUGUGCCCGCUGCUACCGAGAAGGAAGAUGUUAAGAAGGAAAAGGCGAAAGGCAGGGCCAAGCAGACCAAGCAGGACGCAGAUAUCAAAGCCAAGAUCACGGCCAAACGAGAAGAAGAGGAAGAACAGCAUCGGCGCGAAGAGGAGAGACUACUAGAAGGCCUUGCUCCAGGAGAAGAAAUACCGGAUCUGGGUAAUGUUGAAAAGCACCCGGGCAUCUGCGUGGAGUAUGAGCUGCCGAUCCGAGAUCCUCGUCCUACGAUCACGAUCAGCGACAAUCCGGACUGGGCUGGCCGACCCAACUACAAGAAGUUCAAGAAGCGACGGGCAGCGGUGCAGCACGACAACGGCGCGGGAACCCCAAACUCGGAAGCAGGUGUCAUCAUACCGCUGGAGGAGAUCCAAUCGCGUGGCAGCGGCCUGGGCGACGAAUACUGGCUCGAGCACGGCGACCUGAACCCUCGACACUUGAAGGAAAAGAAAAGCAACGGCAAGUCUCAAUCACAGUCAAGCGCGCGCAAUUCGCAAGCAAAUCGUCGUGUCACAGCACAAGGUAUCUUCUCAGUCAGUCUCGGCGAGGGUAACGCCCGCGAAGAGGUCGAUGAUGAGGAACGCGCGGUAUUUCGUCGCCGGCUCCAGACCAGUCGAGAACAAGAUGAAGCUGAAGCGGAGGCUAAUGCACUUUUCGACGGUCCGCGGUCGUCUAGAGGUACGACCGGGUCGACGAGCCAGUCGACUCUCGGCACUGAGACGCAGAAGAAGGCUGCGGGAAAGAGACCGGCUACGACUCAGUUGGGACCGGCUGCAACGAAGAAGGCGAAACAGAAAAUUGCCAUGACUGCUUUUACUAGUGGGAGAACCGAGUCUCCAGCGGUCGGAGCUGCGGAUGACGACGAUGAUGACGAUCCAAGAGCUUUCCGGCGAAGGAGGCGGUGAAUUGUGACACGAUAGGGGCCGGAUAUGCGCAGUGUCUCCAUGUCGGCAUCCUUUGAUGAGGGCCAACAUGUCUUCACAGUUUGUGGAGCAAAGCGAGGUAGCUAGUAUCGAUACUACUCUGUCAGUCAGCGCACUUUCGUGUUCCCCACUGUGGUAGAAGAGCAGCUC